UGGUGCUGACCGUUAGGUGAACGAGGCGCCAUGAUUCUAACGGUUGGCUCGGGCUGGCGAGGCUUGCUGGCAGUGGCCGGCCUUUCACUCACGGUCGAAGGACUCUACUAUCUCAUUCGUUACCUAAAGCGGUUUCGCGAGCGGCGGCCGCAGGUACUUUUCUUCCCCGCGCCGGUGACGUGCGUACGUCCACUGCUGCUUUCGAGUCCCGGCCAUUGUAACUGUAGCCUGUCCCACCGGGAGAGUGCACUGAGCUGCCUGACCCGCCUGUUGCUCAGUGCUCGCCGCUCCCUCGAUGUCUGCGUGUUCACCAUCUCCAGCGUAGAGUUGAGCAGCUCAGUGCUAGCGGUGCACGGCCGCGGGGUGCGGGUACGGGUCAUCACUGACUCGGAUUACAUGGCGUUAGCCGGCUCGCAGGUCGGCGCCUUCAGGAGAGCUGGUAUAGAAGUCAGACAUGAUCAGGAUGCAAACUACAUGCACCACAAAUUUGCUGUGAUUGAUGGAUUGAUCCUCAUAACUGGAUCUUUGAACUGGAGUGCCCAAGGAAUUUUUGGGAAUAAAGAAAAUGUAAUCAUAAUUAAAAACACUGAUGUUGUCAAGGCAUUUAUUGAAGAAUUUGAACGACUUUGGAAUGAAUAUGAUCCGGCAAAGUAUAGCUUUUCUCCUAAAAGCUGA